CGCCGCCUCGCGCCGGCCGCGACGCGUCGGCGAGAUGUCGGCCGCUCCGCUGAUGCUCGUGAACAGGACUUUUCCCGUCGUCACUCUUCACCCUAAAACGGCAUCCGCCCGUCGCCCGCCUUCGCUUCGCGUCGUCCUCGCCAGGCUACACCGCCGCGUCGACGGCGGCCACCGCGGCGCGGUCGCGGGCGUCGUCGUCGACGGCGAGCACGUCCUCACCGCGGGGUGGGACGGCGAGCUCAUCGCGUGGAGCGACGCCGACGCGCCGCCGAGGCGCGCGUUCACUCGCGCGCAGCGCGUCGACGCGCACGACGCGCCGUGCGUCGCCGUCGCGCGCCUCGCCGCCGGGUGGAUCCUCACCGGCGGCGUGGACGGAGAAGUGCGCGCGUUCACGACGGCGCGCGAGCCGGGGGAGGACGGCGAGGAGAUCGCGCCGCGGCUGUUCCCGCCGGCGCCGGAGCCGGCGCGGGAGACGGAGGAAGCGGAGGAGGCGACGGAGGCGACGGAGGCGACGGCGGAGGACGCGGAGAACGCGGACGAGAACGCGGACGGAGGAGACGGAGGCGGAGAGGGAGCGGGGGACACCGAGCCCGAGCCCGAGCCCGAGCCCGCGUCGUCGCCGCCGCCGCCGCCGCCGCCCUCGCGAGAGGACGAAGAACUUCGCGACGCGAUCGACGCGGCGGCGACGGCGCGCGCGGCGUACGACGGCCCGUGGCGCGCCGCGACGGGCUCCGCGUUCUCCGCCGGCGCCGGACGCGUCCACGCCAUCCUCCCUCUGCAUCGCCGCGCGCACGAGGAGGACAAGGAGCGCCCGGGGAGGUACGUGUACUCGACGCCGUACGCGCCGCCGGACGAGGAGGCGCUGCCGCCGCGCGUCGCGAUCGCGAUGAGCGCGGCGACGUGCGGCGCGAGAGGAAACUUGACGCACGUCGUUCGAAUAAUUAAUCUCGAGGCGCCGGGGACGGCGGUGGAGCAGGACUUGACGCACCCGGAAGGGGUGACGUGCAUGCUGCGACGGUACGACGAUUGCGACGGGAAAGAUAUGAUCGUCACCGGGUGUUUAGACGGGAGGGUGAGGGUGUGGGCGGGGACGCCGCCGCCGCCGCCGCCGGAGGCGGAGGCGGAGGCGGAGACGGGGGAGGGUGAAGAAGGCGAGCCGACGCCGCGGAAGACGGACGAAGAAGACUCAGACGACGCGCUCGCGCCGUACCGGUUCGAGCUCGAGGCGACGCUGGACGGCCACGCCGGACGCGCGGUGUCGUGCCUCGCGUGGCUCGGCGAGCACGCCGCGUGUCCGCCGCCGCGGCCGACGCCGAAGCCGAUCGUCGACGAGGCCACCGGCGUUGAGAUUUCGCCGGGCGAGCCGCCGGAGGAGUGGGAGGACAUGGACGCGAGCGCGUACUUUUUGAGCGGCGGCGGCGACGGGUCCGUGCGCGUGUGGGCGCGGCGGAGGGUCGUCGAAGAGAAGGCGGCGGCGGCGGCGACGGCGACGGAUGAGGAGAACGAGGCGGCGGCGGACGCCGACGGAGACGCCGCCGCCGCCGCCGCCGCCGAACCGACGGAGCCGCCGCCCCCGACGUACGGCUGGAGCGCGGACCCGCGGGUCCCGGACAUCGCGACCGCGCCGAUCGCGGCGCGUUUGGUGACGUCCGUCGACGCGGCGACGCUCGACGUGAAGGGCGUCGGCGUCAAGGCGCUGCUCGUGGCGAGGGAAAAAAUCUCCGCCGGUCUCUCCGACGGCCGCGUUGCGACGUACGGGUACCGCGACCUGGACGGCUCCGGGGAUCAGAUCUGGGUCCUCGAGCGCGUGAUGGAGGCGAGCGGAGGGAGGAAGAGCGCGGUGACGUCGAUGACGGCGUGCGGGCACAACAUGCUGUUGUGCGCCGCGGACGAAGGCGCCUAUCUCUACGCGUGAAAAAGGCUCUCUGCGAGAAAAUUAAUUUAUUACGC